AUGUUGUCGCAGCUUUUGAUGAUGAGGACCGCCGACCUGAAGGAGAAUGUUGGAAGGAAUUUAAAUUCAUUGGAUACCGAUGACGAUGACGAUGACGAUGACGAUGACGAUGACGAUGACGAUGACGAUGACGAUGACGAUGACGAUGACGAUGACGAUGAUGACACUCACGAUGGUAUAAGUUCUGAAUGUGUUGAUAGUGCUGAUGGGUGUAGCUUCAACUUGUUGUUGUCACUACUGAAAAUGCUGGUGCUGCUGCUGCUGGUGGUGGUGGCAGCUGCGGUGGCGGCUGCGGUGGUGGUGGUGGUGGUGGUGGUGGUGAUGAUGAUGAUGAUGAUGGUGGUGGUAUUGGCUGUUUUUGGCGAUGGUAAUGGGGAAACAAUGCUGGAGUUCACCGCUGAUAACAUCCCCAAAGUCCUCGACUGCGGUCCCAGUGCAAACAACGUGAAUAGCUCCACUUCCUCUGCGCAUGACUAA